AUGGCAAGCACAGGCUUUAACAACAACAACACUAGCGAAGGUAACUCAACUGCUAGACCUCCUCUUUUUAGCGGAACAAAUUACUCUUAUUGGAAAAAUAAGAUGAGAAUUUGGAUCCGUUCUCAAGAUGUGAGGAUUUGGAAAGUUAUUGAGAAUGGAAAUCACAUUCCAACAAAGACAACAAGCGCUAAAGAAGGAGAAGUCUCCGUCUCAAAGCAAGUACCGAAAGGAGAAGAUGAAUAUAGUGACGAUGAUUGGAAGAAAGUGGCAAUGAAUGAUAAAGCCAUCAACUUCAUUCAUUGUGAACUUAAUGAGCAUGAUUAUAUGAAGAUCUCUACAUGUGAAACCGCUAAAGAGAUUUGGGAUAAACUCCAAAUCACUUACGAAGGAAUCGACCACGUUAAAGAAUCAAAGGUAUUUAUGUUGGUUCAUGAAUGGGAAAAUUUUAAAAUGAAAGAUGAAGAGAGCAUUGAAGAAGCUCUUGAAAGACUCUCUAAGAUCUUCAACAAUCUAAGCAUGCUUGGUACAAAAUACAAUGAUAAACAAAUUGUGACCAAGGUGCUUACAAGCCUUACACCAAAAUGGAACUCCAAAGUGAAUGCCAUUGUGGAAGGAAGGCUCUAUGAUCAACUCACAUUUGAUCAACUACGAGGUAAUCUACUCUCCUAUGAAAUGACUAUGCUAAAUAGACAAAAAGGUGAAGAAAGCAAGAAGAAAAGUCUCGCCCUUAAAACAACAUCACUGCAAGAAGAGAGUGAUGAUAAUGAAGAAGAAGGAGAUGAAGAAUUUGCACUCUUAUUAAAAAGAUUCAAUAAGUUUGCAAUGAAGAAAAACUUCAAGAGCAAAACAAAAGUACCAAAAUGCUAUGAGUGUGGAGAAGUUGGACACAUCAAACCCAAUUGUCCAAAACUUCAAAAGGAGGACAAAAACAAGAAAUUUAAGAAGAAAGAGAAAGCAUACAUAUCAUGGGAGAACGAGGAUGAAUCCGACUCCGAUGACGACGAGGUUGCAAAUCUUUGCUUAAUGGCAAGCGAAGAAAAGGUUAGUAAUGACAACCCCACUUCUUUUAAUUUACAAGAUGAAUAUGAUGCCUUACUUGAAGUGUACACAAAACUUACCCAAGAUUAUUCUCUCCUAAAGAAAAAGAAUAUGGAUCUUUUAAAACAAAAUGAGAUGUUGAAAAACAAGAAUAUCAAUCUUGGAAAAGAUAAGUAUAGCACAAGUAGUGAUCCAUACAAAUCUUGUAAAAUGCAUGAAAAUGAAAUUACAAAUCUUAAGAACACUUUAGCUAAGUUCAAUGAAUCUUCAAAGAACUUAGAUAAAAUGUUGAAAAACCAAAAGCAUGUUCAUAAUAAGGAAGGUUUAGGUUUUGAAAAAGGAAAAUUUAAAAAUGCUAAAACUCCUAUUAGGCAACCGCAAGCCCAAAAGGCAAGCAUGCCUAAAAGGAAUGAAGCCUUUAAACAUCCCCCUCAACAUGCUUCAUUUAGAAAUUAUAAUCACAAUGCAUAUAGAUCAAAAAAUGUUGCAUUUAGGAAACAACCUAGGCAACCAUUUAGAAACAUGCAUAGGAUGCAUAAUCCAAAUGUCAUAUGUCAUUAUUGUAAUAAAGCAGGUCAUAUAGCACCCGUAUGCUUUACUAGAAUUAAAAAUAUAAACUUUCGUAGUCAAGAUACAAGAUGGGCACCUUAUGGGCAUUAUGCUCAUACUAACCAUCAAGGACCCAAAUUCACUUGGGUACCUAAAUCCCAAUUUUAA